AUGAAGUUCUCUUCCUCCGCCGUCGUCCUGGCUGCCGCCCUUGGUGUCUCUGCCCACCCCAGCGGCCACGCUCAUCAGCGUGCUCACGCCCAGCGCGAUUUCGUCGUUGCCAACAAGCCCGUCACCAUCACCGAGUACGCUACCCAGGUUGUCCAGGCCGCUGCUGCCACCGCUCCCGCCGUUGCUCCUGAGCCUGCUGCUCCCAAGUACGAGGCCCCCGCUGUCCCCAAGGCUGAGGCCACCUCCGGUCCCUCUGCCGCCUCUCCUUCUUCUGGUAAGACCAACAAGGGCAAGAAGCACAGUUCCGGCUCUGGCUACAAGCCUUUCUGUGGUGGCAAGAAGACCAAGCGUGCCACUCUCGAGGAUAUCGCCGCCACCGGUAACACCGGCGUCGAGGGCGACUACGGCUGCAACAUGAUGACCAUUGACUCCAACGUCGCUUCCAAGUACGACUACGUCACAACCUUCAAGAACGCCCACGACACCGAGAAGACCUGUGUCUGCUGGAACAAGAUCGGUCCUCUGGGCAAGAUCGACGGUUUCUUCAAGAAGUGGGCUCCCCUCAGCUUCACCGUCCCUGCCAAGGGCUCCCAGGACGUUGCCUUCGACGAGAACUCCCAGGGUGGCUGCGCUUGCGCUUCCGGCGAAGUUCCCUCCACCGAUGAUGAUCUCUGGGCCGGCACUUGGCUCGAGUUCGACUUCGGCAGCACCCGCAACCAUGGCUGGUCCGGAGCUGACGCUUCUUGCCUCGUCUCCGCCAGUAAGAAGCUCGACAUCCCCGGUCUCCGAGUCUGCGGUGUCGACAAGUGCUCCACCAUCUACCCCGGUGGCACUGGUGACAACGCCUACCUCGGUGGUAUGGAGGCUGAGGAUGGCGUUGGUCUCAACAUCUACCCCGGCAAGAUCAGCCUCACUGUCGACAUUGACUACAAGGGUUAA